AUGGGGGUCCCACGGGGGUCGGUGCGGGUCCCCACGGGGGUCCAUGGGGGUCCCACGGGGGUCGGUGCGGGUCCGCGCGCGCUCCGCCGGGACUCGGCGGACGGGGCUGCACGCUCCUCCCGCCAGCAGGUGGCGCUGCGCGGCCCGCCCAGAGCAGACGAGAGGCGCAGUGCUGCGCGGCCGGAAGCGCCGCGUCACGUGACGACACCCGGAAGCGGCGGACGGGUGGCGAUGAGCGGCGGGUCCGAGGUGGCGGCGGCGGCCGAGGCCGAGGGCGAGCGGCGGGUCCGCAUCGUGGUGGAGUACUGCGAGCCCUGCGGCUUCGAGCCCACCUACCAGGAGCUGGCGAGCGCUGUGAAGGAGGAGUACCCCGACAUCGAGAUCGAGUCCAGGCUGGGGGGCACAGGUGCCUUCGAGAUUGAGAUCAACGGGCAGCUGGUCUUCUCCAAGCUGGAAAACGGAGGCUUUCCCUACGAGAAGGAUCUGAUUGAAGCGAUUCGUAGAGCGAGGAAUGGGGAACCGCUGGAGAAAAUCACCAACAGCCGCCCCCCCUGCGUCAUCCUGUAACCCUGCGCCCAGCUGGGAUCUCCCAGCACCCGCCAGCCAGCUCCCGGCCCCCUCGGCAUCCCCCCGCUUCACUCCUCGCCACCUUCGUUAGCUUCCUGCGCACCCGGGAGACCGGGGACGUCGGGGGAACGUGGGAGCGUGAGGAGACUCCUGGGGAACGCCACUGCGGCACUGGGGGCGAGAGGUGGGAUGGGCAGAGCUGUGGUACUGGUGUCACUGGGCUGGCCGUGCCAGGGCGGCUGUUCUGGCCAUGCCUGACCCACUGCGGGGUGUAGCUGCGGCGCGGGGUGGCUCCCCUGCCUGCCUUUGCCUUCCCCCUUCCUCUGCGCUUGCUUCCCCCCAGCAGUGCGGGGAGGGGGGGUCUGCCCUCCCUCAGCCGCUGGGGGUUUGGGGGCCCCCCACGAACGCUCUGCCCGGCCCUCGGGGGAGCCAGGCCGGGUGUUGAGGAGACUUUGCAGCUCCAGCCCUCCCAGCAGGUUAACGCAGAGGAAAAACCACUCGCUGUAAACUUUAGCGUGAUUCGUUAAUGAUUAAAGUCUCUCCUGUCACUGUUUAAACCAGUGCGAGGGCAGCGGGGACCAGCUGCCCCGGCCGGGCAUGGGAACCCCGGCUCGGCUCCGUCCCCACGGCCGAGAGGUUUACUUAAUGGCUACAAACUGCCCCCACCUCCCCGUCCUCAGGCUCUCGGCUCUCACUUUCCGCCUGUAAUGACUCUGCCCUUCUCCAUGGGGCGGCUGAGCUGGCGGAGGGG